AUCAUCUGUCCAAUUAUACUGACUGUCCUGAAAGAGCAUCGAAGCUGGACGUUCCCCCGCAGACAUUUUUUUUCCCCACUUCAACUAACAAUCGACAAAACUUGAUAGAUAAUUAUUUUGCAUCGUUGGUCCUGGAUACAUCGCACGAGGCAGCGAAAAACACGUAUGCGUAGGUUUACAUAAAUGGCGCGAGCAGCGCAAAAGAAAUAGUGAAUGGACUUCUUUUUCCACGGAUCUCCGCAGAUUUUUAUCCUCUGAGAGAAACGCAAUUUCCAGGCUGUCGAGAAAUGGAUAAACUAUAAGGAAUCGAAGAGCAACCAAUACUAAAACUCAAUUAUACUUGGUGAAAAGCAGUAGUAAACAAUAGUUACUGAUCAGUGUUCCAAUGGACAACAACGAGCCUUUGGUAAAGAGAUAUAGAAGGGAGGAGCAAGAGGACAGUCCUUUGGAUACAGAUGAUGAUUAUGUGCCAUACGUAUCUGUCAAACAUCGUAAAAAGCAAUUGCUGGCAAAAUUGGGUAAACUCGGAGAGUUAAAAGAAGAAGGUGCUAAUGGUGUUGGAAAGAGUAGCAGUGAGAAUGAAAAAGAUGAUGCUGACAAUGAUGACGGACAAGUUUGGGGGAGAAAGUCUAACAUCUCUCUUCUCGAUCAACAUACUGAAUUAAAAAAGUUGGCUGAAGCCAAGAAAGAGAGUGCUAUGGAGAAGCAAUUGAAAGAGGAAGAGAAAAUUCUAGAAAGCGUUGCUGAGAAUAAAGCUCUAAUGGGUGUGGCUGAAUUAGCCAAGGGUAUCCAAUACAAAGAUCCUAUCAAGACUAAUUGGCAACCACCGAGAGCGAUACUCAGUUUUGGCGAGAUACGUCAUGAAAGAGUAAGAAGGAAGCUUAGGAUACUUGUGGAGGGCGACGAAGUACCACCACCUUUAAAAACUUUCAAGGAAAUGAAAUUUCAUAAAGGAAUCUUGUAUGGAUUGGACCAAAAAGGCAUUAUCAAGCCAACUCCAAUUCAAGUUCAAGGAAUACCUACAGUGUUGUCUGGUCGCGACAUGAUCGGUAUAGCUUCUACUGGUAGUGGUAAAACUUUGGUGUUUGUUUUACCUAUUAUUGAAUUUUGUUUGGAACAAGAGCUCGACAUGCCAUUCAUUAAGAAAGAGGGACCUUAUGGCUUGAUAAUAUGUCCUUCAAGAGAAUUAGCUAAGCAAACUUACGACAUAAUCCGACAUUAUACCAAUAGCUUAAGGCAAGUGGACUGCCCAGAAAUACGUUGCUGCUUGGCCAUUGGAGGUGUACCAGUUUCGGAAUCAUUAGCUAUAAUCAACAAAGGCGUGCACAUAAUGGUAGCGACACCGGGACGACUGAUGGAUAUGUUGCAUAAAAAGAUGGUCACUUUAAGCGUAUGUCGUUAUCUUUGCAUGGACGAGGCAGAUCGUAUGAUAGACAUGGGAUUUGAGGAGGAUGUGCGAACAAUAUUUUCAUUCUUUAGGGGACAGAGGCAAACGCUAUUGUUCUCUGCUACUAUGCCAAAAAGAAUUCAAAAUUUUGCACGUUCGGCGUUGGUAAAACCCGUGACAAUAAAUGUCGGUCGUGCCGGUGCUGCAUCGAUGAACGUGAUACAGGAAGUAGAGUACGUCAAACAAGAGGCUAAAAUUGUUUACCUCUUGGAAUGCCUUCAAAAGACUGCGCCACCGGUUUUAAUAUUCGCGGAAAAGAAGCGCGAUGUGGACGCUAUUCACGAAUAUCUACUUAUAAAAGGAGUGGAAGCUGUCGCGAUACAUGGAGGAAUAGAUCAAGAAGAAAGAUCACGUUCGGUGGAAGCGUUUCGUGCGGGUCGAAAAGAUGUGCUUGUCGCGACAGACGUCGCAUCGAAAGGUCUUGAUUUCGCCGAUGUGCAACACGUUAUCAAUUACGACAUGCCAGAUGACGUAGAAAAUUAUGUGCACAGGAUAGGACGAACCGGUCGUUCCGGACGUACCGGAAUAGCGACGACUUUUAUCAAUAAAGCGAACGAUGAAUCUGUAUUACUUGACCUUAAACAUCUGCUGAUGGAAGCAAAGCAGAAGGUGCCGCCGUUCUUGCUGGAACUUUGCUCGGAGAACGAAAAAUACCUCAAUUUAGGAGACGAACGCGGUUGCAGUUAUUGCGGUGGGCUCGGACACAGAAUUACAGAGUGUCCGAAACUAGAGGCUGUGCAAAACAAGCAGGCGUCCAAUAUCGGACGUCGCGAUUAUUUGGCCAGCAAUGCUGCUGAUUAUUAAGCAGCAUGUUUUAGACAAAAUAAUUUUUAUGUAUUCAUUGUAAAUAUAUAUACAUAUCGAGAUUCAAUUUCCACGAUAAUAAAUGUGUCUUAUAGUUAGAAUAGCAAUGAAAACAUAUUUAAAAAAUAUUAAAUAAAAUAAAUAUUUAAAUUAAA